CCCAAAGAAUAGGCUGGUUUCACAUCUUAUACCCAGGGUUAGGCAACAGAAGCUACAUUAUCCAGUAACUAUCGCCGUGAUAGAAAUAAAACCUUCCCUUAGGAUUUGACGAGAUGGAUCUCGUUCCGUACAUGUAUUAUGAGAAGCAAGAGGCUGGAUCUCAGCUCUGUGCUCAACACUGCCUGAAUAACCUUCUCCAGCAGUAUACCUACUCUGAGUUUGACUUGGCUGAUAUCGCGAAGAGACUUGACCAAGCUGAGAACGCUACUCUCGAUGUUAACCAUCAGCUUAGAAAGUCUUACAACUACGAUGAUACUGGUUAUUUCUCCAUUUCAGUAUUAGAACGCGCAUUGGAAGUUUGGGACCUAACCAUGGUUAGGUGGAGAGGUGAAGCCAUGAAGCCAUAUCAAGACCAUCCAGAAGAUCAAGCCGCUUUUAUUCUUAAUCUCGCAUCUCACUGGUUUACCCUCCGUCGCUUCGCCCCCAAUCCUCCUCAUGCUGCUGCCUCCAAAAGGUGGUACAACCUCAACUCCUUCCUCGCUGACGGCCCCGAAUGGAUCUCCCCUACCUACCUUCACAUGGUGCUGACACAGGCCGAGCAAGAAGGCUACUCCGUAUUUGUCAUCAGAAAGGCAACACCGGGGACCAAAGAAGGCGAAGAAGCAGGUGAAGCGGAAGGAUGGGGAGAUGGCGGCAUCGGUCAGUUGCCGGAAUCUCUGGGUGAUGUGAUGGCCGUGGAGCUAGGCGAGCCAGUGGGAAGGUCUGGUGGACUGUUAAGUGGGACGAUUGGACCCACAAAAGAAUCCAAAACUACUCAAAUGUCUAUACCCGCCGACCCGAAUACUACCACUGUAGAUGCUGAACCUUCGUCACCGUCCCGACCUCCUCGUCGACGCCGUCAGCCGGAUCUAUCGUCAGACCCAACCGAGAUCGUCGACGACCCUUACGCUCGACCCGCUCCUUCUCGCUCACGACAAUCAUCUUCACGUUCCAACCCUGCCCAACAUCAAGUUAUCGGAGAUGAUGAAGGCGACAUCUUUGAUCAGACUCAUGGUAUUCCAUCACAUUAUGAUGAGACACCUGACGAUGAUAAUGCUGACGACGAUUUUGAAAUGAGCCGUUCUCGGGCGUACGCUGGUACGAUGGACUUCCAGUUUCAAAGUCGGAGUUAUGAUGACGAGGAUGAGGCUCUCCAAGCAGCUCUGAAAGCUAGUAUGGCAGACCUGCCCGAAGGAUGGGAGAUGCCUGAUAUCUUGAAACCAGAAAGCGAGAGACAGGCAUUUACUACUACUACCAGCAUUAUGACUACUACUACUACUACUCCACCGGUAGCGCCGGAAGCGCAAAGGGAAGAAUCUCCUGUGGCGACAUCAGUAGCUGAGGAAAAGGACAUUGUAGAGUCAAACGAAGUAGAGGACGAUAGCGAUGACGUUCAACCAGCCGAGGAACCAUCCCCUGAGGAGAUUCGACGAAGGCGUCUUGCUCGCUUCGGUUAGUCUUGUCCCAGGCUUCCAGUUAAUUUUUCUUUCCAUCAGUUAUUCAAGAUUAUGAUGGGGAAUUUUCACCUUUGGAAGAUGCGGACUAAUGCGCGAUAGAGUCAAGAGGAAUAUGCAUAUUGUACAAA